UCGUCACGCCCCUUCCGGUCCUCCCUGCCUGCCAUAGAGUCGAGAGGGCUGGGUGUGCAGAACGCCCCCUGGUGGUGGUGGGGUUGGGAGGAAUCAUGGCGAUGAGCAGGCUGUGCUCGCUGCCCCACUGCAUACUGCGCCGCCCAGCGCUGGCAAUGCUGUGCGUGCCACGUGGCUACAGCGGGGCAUCGCUGGGCGACUCAGGGAAGGACAUGCUGGAGAUCCCACUGCCGCCCUGGAAGGAGCGCCCCAAUGAGCCUCUGCCCACCAAGAGAGCGCGUCUGCUGUAUGAGAGCAGGAAGAGGGGCAUGCUUGAGAACUGCAUCUUGCUCAGCCUUUUUGCCAAGGAGAACCUGAGCCGUAUGGACGAGCGGCAGCUGAACCUCUAUGACCGGCUCAUCAACGAGCCUAGCAAUGACUGGGACAUCUACUACUGGGCCACAGAAGCCAAGCCCACGCCGGCUGUGUUCGACAACGAGGUGAUGGCCAUGCUGAAGGAGCUUGCUAAGAACAAGAAGAAGGAGCAGAGGCUACGGCAGCCGGACCUGGAGUACCUCUUUGAGUCCACAAACUGACAGCUUCUCCCUCAGGGCACAACAAAUAAAGCUGUGACUGCUAGC